AUGGCUCUUACACAAUCAGCAAGACUGCCGGGGCCGUCUUGGGAUGAGGAGGUGGUGCCAGCAUUGCGACAACGUCUUCAGACGGAAAGCAGGACACUGGCCAAGCGGUUGUCGGCCAUCUCUUUAUCCUCAGUGGACGAGCCAACAUCCCUCACCUAUACUGCGUACACCGGCGAAACGAGCGUGCGCCACAAGCAGGCCUCGUCGUCGAUGUCGUCGCAGACACCAGCUCAAAGAUACCAGGCUUCUUAUCAUCAGCAACAUUCAUCGGAUCGAGCUACCCCCACAGCCACCUCUCGCGUCAAUGGAACAAGCAAGCCAGCCGCGACUUCUGACUACCAACGAACGAGAACGUACUCGACACCCGGCCGACGCCCUAAUGGCAGUGCUCAACCCAAAUUAGCUGUGACGAAAUCCUCCAAUCCAUUUCGUUCAGUGUCACCACGACUCGCUGACGUGAAGCCUACUCGAAUACCAAAACGACCCACUCCUUCGCUGAAUAUCUCCUCAUCUAGUGCAGCCAAUUCACCCUAUCUAAACGGCUACAGUCACGGUCCAACAGGUGUCACGCCAAACCACGGUCAAUCGCCCGAACAAUCCUUUCUGCGACCAGGUGCUGACCAGGCACGGUUGGUUUCUUCAUCGUCCACACAGUCGACCGUCGAUCUUCCGACGCGAGGCUACCGUCAGCCAGUCGGCUUGCUGAACGAGACGCCGCCCUUCCCUACGUCAUCAAGCAUGUCGAGCUUUUCGCAGGUGGAAGACCCACCCCGGGCAUCGAUGGAGUCGGAGGAGCACCCGUUCGAGCACUGGUACCGUGGAGAGGUGUCGAGGAACGGCGGUGUGGGCGAGCUGCGAGUCGGGCGGCGGCAGGAGAUGCUGGACAUUGCGAACUACGGCCACCUCAUUGGGAACAAGAAGUCGAUGGCACACACGCCGGCGCGGGUGGAGGACCUGCCGCGAUACCGGAAACGGGCGGGCAGUAUUGCGGGAAUCACGAAUAAGGAGCGGGAAAGAGGGAGUCUUUACCUCGAUGAUGACCGAGCGAAUGAGGUUGGGAGGGUGCUGGACGAGCACCCACUGACGGACUUGGAGGGCGACCAGAGCGACGUGCACUCGCUGGCGGAGAAGUAUGGCAACAUUCGGGGAGGAGCGUAUGCGUACCUACCGGAGGAAGGCGACAUCACGGCGGCGACGUCGUCAGACUGGACGCCGAACGUUGGUGCAGAGGAAAUGCGGAGCACGACUCCAACAGCCCGGUCAUCUUCACGGCAGCAGCAACGCGUGCCUCCGAGUCGAAUACCUGGCCCUCCUUCACGGCACUCGUCCGAAUCUCGCUCCACAGUAACCUCUCCGCCAAUGGCACGAACAGCCAGCGACAGCCCGUCAAUAUCCAGGACUCCACCACCACCUGUUCCGUCCUCGUCCUCAAAUAUUCGUGCGGUGUCAACCUCGCCUUCUCCUUCAUCAAAUGCAUCGGCGAAACAAAGAGGGGUCUCGCCUGGAUCAGCAAAAAAGACACCACGAGGUGCUGGUGCAGCGAAGACGAGGGCGAAGAUUCAGGAGAGGAAGAAAGGAGAUGAGGGGAAGAAUCGGAUGAGUUUGGCGGAGUACCCUGCUCCACCUGGGGAUGAGGAGAAUAUGGCCGAUGCAAUACCGUCGUGGACGCAGUCUGUGCCGAGAGAGGGUAAUUGGGACGAUGUUGUUCUGCCUGUGGUUGCUCGGAAGAAGGGUCUGGAUGGGUAUUACGAGAAUGCGGAUGGGAGUCCACAACCGAAGAAGGUGGAAAAAACUGUCGAACCAGCGCCAGGUACAUUCGGUUUCGACCACACCAAAUACCGCGAACCACGCAACAACGACGAGUUCAUCCUCAUGGACGAGUUCGGGCGACCAACAGACCAGCAAAACACGGCACCAGAGGACGACGCAGAAGAAGCCCACAACCGACCGUCAGGCCCUGGUCCUCUACGAAGAUCAAUCCAGGACGAUGGUGUGCCCAUACGGAUACCACCCUCUCCGUCACCGCUCCCCUUCUCACAGUACGCGCCGACGUCGAUGCAGACGCGGGUGAAUGGGGUGCCAACGGACGAUCAGGAGCAGGAGUGGCAGCGUCAGCAACAGCAGAUGAGGGAGGAAAAAGAGGCUGGGUGUUGCAAGUGUAUCGUUAUGUGA